AGAUGAAAAAGAACAGAAAUUACUUCCUGCAGAAGCUUUCGUGUGGAAUAUCACGGAUAAAAGGUGACCAUAGCAUUGAGAAGUUGAGAGCACCAAGAGUCGCAGGGAUUGACAUGCUUCACAGGGAGAAACAUCACAGUAUUGACAUAAUUUAUGAUGAAAUGAUGCCAGGAUCACCGGAGAUGGAAGAUCUAUUCAGCAUAGAACUUCUCCCAGACAGACUAGACGAAUCCAGCCAAGAUCCAGAGACAACAGAGAGCACCAAUCAAGAAGGGACACAAAGGUGGCCAGGUCAGAGAAGAUUCAAAUAUGUCACAUGCACGAUUUGCAAGAAUGAAAGGCCCCUUCUCGGGUUCCAGAAAAACUUUACAUAUGCAGAACUGGAAGAUUCUACAGCUGGAUUUUCGGCCAAAAGCUCCCUUUAUGAUGAUGAUGAUGAUUUUGGAUCUACUUUCAGUGGUCAGUUGACCAAUGAACUGAAAAUGGUAGUUAUGGAACUCAAGAAAGUGUGCUUGCUACAAGAGGAAUUCAAGUCCGAAGUCGAUGUACUAACUGAAGCAAGACACGAAAACAUAGUCAUGCUGAUGGGGUCUUGCUCAGAAGGAAACUCCAGGCUGCUUGUAUAUGAGUACGUAUGCAACGGUUCGCUUGACCCCUACAUUUCAAAUGCGGAAAAAUAUGGUUGUAAACCAUUGACAUGGGCACAGAGAAUGAAAAUAGCCCAAGGUGCAUCCAGAGGACUUCGUUAUCUCCAUGAAGCAGGCAUAAUUCACGGGGAUGUCAGAGCAAAGAACAUUCUUCUAACUCACGAUCUUGAACCACUGCUAGGAAAUUUUGGGCUAGCAAGAAUAAAGCAUAAGUCGGAUCACUCGGAUUAUAAUGGAGAAAAGUCGGGAUACCAGGCUCCAGAACAUACAGAGAUUUGGGGAGUUUCAACCAAAGCAGAUGUAUACUCCUUCGGCGUGGUGCUAUUGGAGCUUUUCACUGGAAGAAGUGCUGCAGAAAAGAUGCGGGAUGGAACCAGUCUAGAAAGCUGGGCAAAACCUCUGCUGAAAGACAGAAUGUACGGACAAUUGGUUGACCCUAGAAUUGCAAACUCGCAUGACGAGCAGCAGCUUUUCUGGAUGGUUCAAGUCGCACGAACUUGUCUCUCCGCAGACCCUGACGAAAGAUUAGCCAUGGACAAGGUGGCAUCCACCCUGGAAUACAUAUCAGAGAGGAAACAUAGCUUCAUGAUGGACGAAAUCAUUCCAGUCCUGUCAGAAAUUGAAGUCCGAUCGCCGAACAAGAAUGGCAUGCGUGAUCCCGAGGACAAACCGAAGCAACAAAUCUCGAGGAAAGAGGGGAACUGGAAAGUUCGUGCGAGCAAACUGACAAGACUCUUCUCGCUCAAGUCACCAGCGACUAAAUCAAGAAGCAGUAAUAUCAGUCGCACAAUUCACAGCGAGGAAUUCUCUUUCAGUACCCGAAAGAGUCACUGGACGACGAUGGCGACGAAGAAGAACCUAGAGUGCAAGACUCCAUUACCCGCAAUGAUUCCGAUUCCUGGCCAGAUAAAACACGAGAGAGAUUGCCGAAAUUUCCUAUCUAGGAAUCGAAUGAAGUGAAAUUCGCAAACAAGUUCUUCGGCAGUUGAGCUCCAAUUCGCCGGAGAAUAUGUCGGAGACAAAUCUUCUGCAGAAUUCGGCGUAAUCGAAGAUCGAUGAACCCUGGCAAGAUCAAUCGAGAAGCACAUGAGAGGGAGGUUGAAGAAGACGGUCCAUGAGAUUCGAAUUCGCGACGAAACUGCCAGCCGUUUCGUGCCAAGUUUCAAAGCUCAUCAGCAAAGCAAGCCCCCGCCAAAUCUCUUCAUGAAAUACUCUACUCGAUAGAUUCAAGCAAUAAUUAUUGGUGACUUUUCAUAUUUCGUUUGAUUCUUAAACUUAUGGAAAAAAAAUAAAUAACAUCACUCUCUUAAAACAAAGUAUACACAUAUGUAUUCUAUUUUCCGUUCGGUUAAAAAUACUUCCAUUUUAUGUUCUUAGCUCAAGUAAUGACAAUAUAUGUCGGAUUUUACUCAUAUAUACGAACCUGAUUUUAGUA